CCCACCCACUACCCCGCCUUCCCAGUUCACAUCGCGACAAUCGACAACGUCGUUGACGACGACGACAAGGACAACGACACCAACAACGACGCCCAUCGCGUCAGUCGUCGUCACGCUCACACUUGGCCAGCGCGCGCCCUUCACCACGGCGAAUGGUCACUGCGAGGCCGUCACCCACCACAGCAGCAGUCACAUCUGCACGCGGCGUCGCCUACACCACUUCUCCCGGAGAUGGAGGUCAAUCUCCUCGCCUUCUCGUCACUCGUCGUUCAUCCGCUAAACCGCACGCCGCCGUCGCACUCGCCACCCACAUUGCAUCGACUCGCAGCCCUCACCGUCUAGGCCCCGACAUGCCAGGAGGCCCAAGCACCGCGGCUGGCGGCCCAAGUGGUCCCAGCUCCUCGCGUCGGCCUUCUGCGGAUGCCGAAGCAGCCGCCGGCACCGGCCUCCGUCGACUCAAGAGCCCCGCCGGAUUGAGCGAGCGCGAGCGCACAUCCCAAGGUCUCAUGACUUGGUGGAAGGCCUUCUCCCAGCGUCAGGAUAAGCCUUCCCACCACCCUCCUCAGCAACAACAACAACCACAGCAGAGCUUCAAGAGCCCAGUACGCACCCAAGCACCACGAAAGGUGUUUGGAGCCCCUCUUUCAAAGGUGCUCGACUAUGCCGGGCAACAGAUCUCGGUCAACGCUCCCGACGGAACUUCAUACAUCUGGGGCGAAGUCCCGAUCGUCGUUGGCAAAUGUGGAGGCUACCUCAAGCAGAAGACGGACAUUGAAGGCCUGUUUCGCGUGUCUGGUUCUGAGAAGCGCAUGCGCGACCUCCAGGCUACCUUUGAUGAGGCCCCAACCUACGGCGGGGACCUCGACUGGCCCAGCACGUCUUAUAGCCCGCACGACAUUGCCACGAUAUUCAGACGGUAUCUCACACAGAUGCCAGAACCUGUAAUUCCUCAUGCCUUUUACGACAAGUUCCGAAACGCCUCUAUACACGAACUCGCACACGACAAGAAGCUCAAAGAGUACAAGCGCAUCGUCCGCCAGAUGCCUAGACCCAACCGAGCACUUCUACUUUACGUUCUCGACCUUCUCGGGACAACUGCCCGCUCAGCUGACAAGAACCUCAUGACGGCUGGUAAUUUGGCAGUGAUUUUCCAACCUGGUAUUCUCCAUCACCCAGAGCAUGAUCUGCGACCACGGGAGAAUGCGUUAUCAAAGGACGUUCUAGAGUUCCUGAUAGAGGAGCAGCAGAGCAUCGUGCUGAGCUUGACCGCCAAUCUGGCUAGCAAGAAGCGAACGCAGAACAGGUCGUCAACAGCGACCUUGCCACAGGUGACUGUGCCCGAGGGAACGGGAUCGGCUGCGCCAACGAACGAGUCUCAACACGACCCGUCGUCCAUCCCCCUGCCAGAUACACCGCCCAGCACGGACACUGCCUCUCUACCUCCUGUGCUCGUGCCUGCGGUGACGGCCCCGUCCGCGACGACCCUGUCCCCUCCGACAGGAUCGACCGUCACCAUGCCCGUCGCAGAGGGCAUCCCCGCCACCAUCCCGGAAGACGGCCCAGCCCCGGCGCCGCAACCUGCAGAAGUUCUGCUGACCCCACCGCAAGAAGCGCUCGGCCCCGCAAUUGCGCAGCCCGUUGCACCGCGUCCCAAACCUGUCCAGCGCGGUGAUUCAGGCUACAUGUUACCCUCAGACUCGGAUGACGAGCCCCCCGCUGGAGGCUAUGUCAUGAUCGAGUCAAGAGGCACGUCGCCCAGGCCGCCUGCCGCUGCCGCAGCAGCUGGCGCUGGUGUGGCGUCUGUCACUGCCUCGGCCGUACCUUCCUCCACUGGUUCACCGCUUAUUCCACCCGAGCGACCUCCCAGAUCCAGCCGGCGUGAGCGCCCAGCACACUUGAAGCCACCAGCCCAGACCGAUUCUUCCAAGCCCUCGAUCGAGCUGCUGGACCCGUCCGACUCUGACGAGGAGGCUCCGGCGGGAGGCUAUGUUGUGUUUGAGAACAAUCGCCCUGCUCCUGGCGGCAGGCGUACUCCGCUUGGACUCAACCUCGCACGCCCCCGUACCACAACUCCUACGAGUGGCACGCUUGCGAAUGCCCAUGCUUCUUCGAGCGCUUCGCCGCUCGCUACUGGUACUGAUGCGCGGACCAACUCGCCCAAGCCGGAGGGAGGCGCGAUGGGCCUCUUGCGCCGGCGGACUUUACCUACCAAGCGUGUGUCGGAUUUCACUGCCCGUGUGCGCCGCGCAGUGAGGGAGGCGUAAGGGGUGGUGUAGGCGGCGGCGUAGGCGGUGUAGGAGGCGGCGGCGGCGGCAUAGGGCAGGCCCCCCACCGUUCACGUCUUGAUUCUGUCAACGUAUUCAUGUGUCAUAUUGUGUAGUUCAUAUUGUCAUCAAUACCCCCGCUACGACUGUAAUGUGAACAAUGUGACGGAG